UUGCUUUUAGAACACAAUUCUAGUAUUAAGAACCAAGUUCUUGCUAUUAGAACACACGAUCUUAUUUUUAGACCAUCCGUUCUUAAAUAUAUUCUAUCCGUUCUGUGAUUUAUACCACGUUCUUAAUUUUAGAACGCUACAAGAUAAAAGAUGGAAAACUAUUGUGUUUAUGCAAAUGACGCUACUAGUGAGGUAAAUAAUUGGGUUCUCUUUACCACGGAGCAACCAGUUACCUCUGAAGGGGCAAUAGAAGCUCCAGAAAAUUCUGUUCUGCCAGAAAUAAAUGAAAGUACAUUAAGUACAGUUGGAGAAGAUAAUUCCACUAUCGAAGAUGACGAAAAUCUUAAAACGUUGCUGAAAGAAUUCAGACUGGAAUGUAUUUUUGAGAAUUUAAAAGCUGCACAAAUCACUUAUAGAUGCUUAAAAUACAUUCAAAAAGAGGAUUUGAAAGAAGCAGUUCUACAUCUUGGCCUACGCAUAGAGUUUCGUGAAAAGUUAUUCGCCUGGAGAAAAAAUAAGGUAAAUUGAACAAUAGUU